AUGGCAACAAUGAAAAUACCAAUGACGGUACCUUCUCCUCGUGUCGAUGUUGACCAGCUCUUUAAGGCCUUCAAAGGAAGAGGUUGUGAUACUUCGGUGAUCAUCAACAUCUUAGCUCAUCGCAAUGCAACGCAAAGAGCUCUCAUCGAACAAGAAUACGAAACCAAAUUCUCAGAUGACCUUCGAAAACGUCUCCAUUCCGAGCUUCAUGGUCAUCUUAAGAAAGCGGUUCUUCUAUGGAUGCCUGAAGCAGUGGAACGAGACGCUUCAAUACUGCAACGUUCCUUGAGAGGAGCCGUGACUGAUCACAAAGCGGUUGCUGAGAUUAUAUGUACACGAUCAGGCUCUCAGCUUCGUCAGAUCAAACAGGUUUACAACAACACUUUCGGUGUGAAACUUGAAGAGGACAUCGAAUCCGAAGCUUCUGGCAAUCACAAAAGAGUUUUGCUCGCAUAUUUGAACACUACACGAUAUGAAGGACCAGAGAUUGAUAAUGCGAGUGUGGAGAACGACGCUAGGACUCUCAAGAGCGCGGUUGCUAGGAAGCAUAAAUCUGAUGACCAGACGUUGAUUCAGAUAUUCACAGACCGAAGCAGGACUCAUCUGGUCGCUGUUAGAUCUACUUACCGUUCCAUGUUCGGCAAAGAACUUGGAAAGGUAUGA